GAGCCUUAGGCCCCAGUUCAUACAUUUCUUUUUAGCUUUAUAAGUUCAUUAGACCUUUCCCCAACUCUCUAUAAUCUUCUCCUUCAAAGCAGAAACAUUCUUAAUUCACUUCCACCAUGGAAGCUUCAUUUCAUCAGAAAUGCGAGGCUAGAUCUAUCGGAGCCACCUCGCCCUCGUCCUCUUCCUCAUCAACGAUGUUGUCGUCUUCGUCUAUAAAUAAAAGUUGCAAGAAAUUUGGCGAAGAAGAAUCUGAAAUUAAUGUUAUAAAUAAAAGCAAGAAAAGGGUGAAAAUCAAUAAAAAUGAAGAAGAUGGUAAGAAUUACUCGGCAUACAGAGGAGUAAGGAUGCGUCAAUGGGGCAAGUGGGUGUCUGAAAUCCGAGAACCAAGGAAGAAGUCAAGAAUCUGGCUUGGAACAUUCCCUACAGCAGAAAUGGCAGCUCGAGCUCACGACGUGGCGGCUCUAGCCAUCAAGGGUCAUUCUGCUCAUCUAAAUUUCCCGGAGCUGGCUCACCAACUCCCCCGUCCGUCCAGCGCCAACCCUAAGGACAUCCAAGCUGCAGCUGCUAAGGCGGCUGCCUUGCACUGCAAGAAAAGUGGCCAGGAUGAGAAAAACCGGCUGGUAAACGCGCCGAGCUCUCCAGCCAGCACUGUGGCAUCUGAUGAUGAUGCAUUCAUGGACCUUCCUGAUCUUUUGAUGGAUGUAACUCGUCAAAUUGAUGAGUUCUGGGGUCCAUCGUCAUGGCAGGUGGAUACAGAUGAUGGACCUAUUGAUAUUGGAUUCAAUUACCAUGAUGAUGAUGAGCUUUUUCCAUGGCAAUACUGCCAUUGAUGAUCAUGAUCAUUAACCCACUUCAAAGUUUGUCUAAAAGAAAAAUGGAUAGGGAGCAAAUCAGUAAGUUAACGUUUUAUUCUUUUCAGUUGAUUGGUUUGGGAUUUAUAAUUGACAAAAAAAAAAAAAAAGAA